AAACAACUAACAUCAAUGGCCGCGGCAGCCACAACCAAGAAGAGAACGCAACGCAAGAAGAAGGACCCCAACGCGCCCAAGCGCGCGAUGUCCGCGUACAUGUUCUUCGCCAACGAGAACCGCGACAUCGUGCGCGCGGAGAACCCGGGCAUCUCGUUCGGGCAGGUGGGACGCGUGCUCGGCGAGAAGUGGAAGGCGCUCUCGGACGACGAGAAGCAGCCGUACGAGGCCAAGGCGGAGGCGGACAAGAAGCGCUACGAGUCUGAGAAGGAGCUGUACAACGCCACAAAGGCGGCGUGA